AUGGAGGUGGAUUUCUGGGAUCUUAGGAGUCACGGGCCUUUCAUUGAUAAUUAUUUUGGGAAUUUUAUUGAAAAACCAUUUCCAUUCCUUGAAACUCCACAUAAAGAGAACUGCAUAAUAUACAGCUCAAGCAACAGUAUUUUGGAUUAUUCCUGCAAUAACACAAACCGUUAUAUCUCUUUUUGGACCACUGUAUGGAGGUGGAUUUCUGGGAUCUUAGGAAUAACGUGCCUUUGUUUGAUGGCUACUUUGGGAAUUGUGGUGAAAAACUAUUCUGGAUAUAGUUCUUGUCAAGAAAAUUGGAUUGGCUAUCAAUGCAACUGUUACUUCUUUUCCACUGAAUUCAAAACAUGGAAUAAAAGCAGGGAUUUCUGUGAAUCUCAGAAUUCUACUCUGCUUCAACUGGACGACAGAGAUGAACUGCACUUUAUUAGGUUUAAUCAAUACUUUUACUGGAUUGGAGUCACCUACUCUGCAGAAAACAGUUCCUGGGCUUGGAUAAACGGCACUCUUAUCUCCCAGGACCUAUUUCCAUUCAGUCUGACUACAAGUGCAAAGUACUGCAAAAUGUACAGUCCUAACGGUGGUGAUUUGGAUGAAAACUGUGAAAGUAAAAAUCGUUAUAUCUGUAAGCAGAGAUUUAAUUAG